AUGCCCCAACCUGACGGCCACACUGGCGUUCGCAGGUAUUGGCGGCUCCAGGACACAUACGUGCUCACCCUCCUGCCGGUGUACUACUGCUCUGCUAUGGUCAUCCAUGGGUACGCCAUUUGGGCGACAGGCACGCUAGUCUGGAAGUACCCGACUGCGGUUCAAUAUCUCAUAGCCUGGAGAGACAUGAGGUCCACGGGUAAGCUGUCUCACCGCGGCAAAUACGUACCUAUCUACUUCACGAUUGGAGGAGCGCGCGAAGACAGCACCAACUUGUCGUUCGUACUUGUGCACACCGACUGGGCGUACUUGGCAGCGAAGGUGAAGGACGAGAUUGGAAAGUGGAAUGAGCUGUUUACGGGAGUGAAUAUAGACUGGGACUAUCCAGGAGACCCAUGCAACCCCUCCCCUGGCACCUUCAGGCUUUUCCCGCAACUCAUCCGCAAGCUAAGGCUAACAGCCAAAGUUCCGAUCAUGAUUAGCGUUCCACCGGUGAAGUCACGGCUGGAUCACUUCAGCUUGGACCAGGUGGCCGCCAACGUCGAUUACAUCAUCAUCAAGACCCAUACACACACGGCGCCCCGAUCACUUUUCAACGUGGUCAGGUGCAGUGGAGACCAAAGCGUCGCGGCUGACGUCUUCAACGAAGCGCUCAACAUGAUCCCCGCACUUGACCAGAAGUCUCGUCUAGGAUACAGCAUUUCAGUGGCUCCGGAGACGUUCUUGGCGCCGGUGGCUCAGCUGGGAGCUCCUAUCCUGGGCACCAUGCAGUGGGACAACCACACGCGUCAGCCCGGCAGGACGAGUUAUGCGUCCGUGUGCCAAGAGAAGCCGGUCAUCAGAACGAGCUCGCACCCACUGUGCCUCAUGGUCGCCCGCCAAGUUGACAGCCAGACUCGUGAACAUGAGCGGGCACUCCUGGAACGCAUGAGGCUGACGUACUCGAACAAGAUGGCCAUGGCUCCGGUGGCGGUGUUUGACAUCGACCUGGACGAUUUUAACGGGACAUGCGGGAGUGGCAUGUCCCCACUCAUACGAGCCGUGGCCACAGGUCGCGGUUGA